UUUCUUUCUAGCAUUGUUCCUUAUCUACCACCAACUCAAUCUGGAGUACUCUGUUCUUCUCUCACAAUGUCGCUUCUCCAUUAUAAAAUCCUUCCUCUCUCUUCCCCAAUUCUUCCCUAUCCCUCCCCUAGACGAAAUCACUGUCCCCAAACACUUCGAAUCCUCUGCGCAACGAAACGAAGCGGGAAGAAGAGAUAUCCAUCUGAGAAAAAGAAGCUCAAAUUGAAGCAUAAAGAAGUCCUCUCUGAUGUGAAGAACAAGUUCGAAGGCAUCUGGAGGCUUUCCAAGCUUGCUGUUUCUGUCGAAAAUGACCCCGGCAAGGACUUUCUCGGCGUCUCUGACGGGUUGCUUCAAGAAAUUGCGAAAGCAAUUAAGUUCCCGGUUGCUUCAAUGCUUCCCCCAGAAGCAUUUACUGUUAUAAGGAAAUCUUUUGAUGCCAGAAAGAUGUUAAAGGAACCUAAAUUUGUGUAUACUGUGGAUAUGGAUGCCAGUAAACUUAUUAGUCUAGAGCCUCGUACUCAGGAAUUCAUUUCUGAUUUAGAGCCUAAAGUUGGAGUUGUAGAACAUACACUUCAAGGAAGAGUCUCAGGUGAUGUAAUCAGCAUACUACAUGGCUGCACAAGGGUUGAGGAACAAAAAUCGUCAAGAGAAAGUGGAUGUAGCAUUUGUUCCAGCUCUGCAGGCACAUACAAGUACCCAACAACCAGAAGGCCAAAGGUUGCAGUUGUGGGGAGUGGCCCAUCUGGGUUGUUUGCAUCUCUUGUUCUUGCAGAACUCGGAGCAGAUGUUACCUUAAUAGAAAGAGGUCAACCUGUUGAACGAAGGGGACGUGAUAUUGGUGCUUUGAUGGUUCGACGCAUUUUAGAAUUGGAAAGCAAUUUUUGCUAUGGGGAGGGUGGUGCAGGUACAUGGAGUGAUGGAAAGCUAGUAACAAGAAUUGGAAAGAACAGUGACAGUGUUUUGGCUGUUAUGAAAACUUUAGUUCAUUUUGGGGCUCCAAAAAAUAUUUUGGUUGAUGGGAAGCCUCAUUUGGGAACAGAUAAGUUGAUUCCAUUGCUUCGCAACUUUCGGCAGCAUAUACAAAGGCUAGGUGUUUCUACCAUGUUUGACACAAGGGUAGAUGAUCUAAUGAUAGAGAAUGGACAUGUCGUUGGGAUAAAAGUUUCCGACUCAAAUGACAGACUGCAGCAUAAUGGGCAGAGGUUGCAGUAUGAUGCAGUUAUUCUGGCAGUGGGGCAUUCUGCUCGUGAUGUAUAUCAAAUGCUUCUUUCUCAUAAUAUUCACUUGGUCCCAAAAGAUUUUGCUGUUGGUUUGCGCAUUGAGCAUCCCCAAGAACUAAUAAACAGCAUACAGUAUUCUGACUUGGCUGCUGAGGUUCAUAGUGGACGUGGGAAAGUACCAGUGGCAGAUUACAAGGUUGUUAAUUAUGUCAGUAGAGAUGGUGUGGAAACAUCUUCAUUUUCACAGCCCAAAAGUCGUAGUUGCUACUCCUUCUGCAUGUGCCCCGGGGGUCAGGUUGUUCUUACUAGUACAAGUCCAUCGGAACUCUGCAUAAAUGGCAUGUCAUUUUCUCGCCGUGCUUCUAAGUGGGCAAAUGCUGCACUUGCUGUCACUGUCUCAACACAGGAUUUUGAGGCAUUGAACUUCCGUGGGCCGCUUGCUGGGGUUGAAUUCCAGAGAGAAUUUGAGCAAAGGGCAGCUGUCAUGGGAGGGGGAGACUUUAUGGUGCCUGCACAGACAGUUUAUGAUUUUCUUGAAAACAAGUUAUCAGUAACAUCUUUGCCCCCAUCAAGCUAUCGAUUAGGAGUGAUGGCGGCGAAUCUUCAUGAGUUGUUCCCUUCUCAUAUAACAGAUGCUUUGCAGCAUUCCAUCUUGAUGUUUGACAAAGAGUUACCAGGAUUUAUCUCCAAAAGUGCUCUUCUUCAUGGGGUAGAGACUAGAACCAGCUCUCCUGUUCAGAUUCCUCGAGAUAGUAACACUUAUGAGAGCGUGUCCUUGAAAGGGCUCUACCCAAUCGGUGAAGGAGCAGGCUAUGCUGGCGGUAUUGUAAGUGCAGCAGUUGAUGGCAUGCACGCAGGAUUUGCUGUGGCAAAAAAUUUUGAUCUCUUUUUAGAUGACAUAGAGUUGGUUUUGGGCAAGGCUCAGGGUGUUGGAUAUGUGAAGUACUAGAAAUCAUGUGGGUCAUCAAUGCGACAAGGAUACAAGCUCAAUUAUGCAUAUAUAUAUAUAUAUAACUAGAUCGAAAAAUUGAAGGAAUGACAUCUUUUCACAAGAUUGUUACAGUAGCAAAAUAUGUGUUUGAACACCGUCCUUUCUACGUAAAAAAUUCAAUGAGUUUCAUAUUAAUGAUGCAAGCAGAAGCAAAGGGGUGGAAUAUAAGUGCGAGGUGUAUAUUCAUGAUAGGCGUUCUCUGCAUCCACCAUCAUCAUGCAGCUUAAAUAAUAUGCUAAAAGGUUUGAAAAAGCAAGGAUAUUCCUCUGUUUUGCUGGAGAAUUUGACACGGUUCAACUCAUUUAACUGAGCACCAUUCUUCAACCGGUUCCUAGGAAUAGCCAUUGCAAACAACAGCAGAGAUGUAAAUAAGCCCAACUGAGUAUCAAGGUAUUCAGCUUGGUCUACUUUAUUUAAAAUGAAUUCUAGCUGACAUUUUAUUGUUCAAAAUGCUUAAUUAAAAGUAUCAAGCUGGCAAUUGGUUUAGUAGCAA